AUGGGUGUGUGUCUUCUGAAAUUUGAAUUUUCUGCGUGGCGCUCCGUCGAGCCAGGCGGGCCGAGCUGGGCCCGCACGCCGAGCUCACUCCCGCGGGAGACGCACCCGCGCGCCGGCACGGUGGGCGUUGGUGACACGGCCACCCACUACGCUCGGGCUGGAACCGUGAAAAUAUUGAAUAGUGUUGAAGCACGCAUACAGUGCAUCAUAGCUUCUGAAGAACAUAUACACAGUAAGACAGAAAUGGCUCCAUCUGCUAAGGCUACUGCUGCUAAGAAGGCUGUUGUGAAGGGUACCAACGGUAAGAAGGCGUUGAAGGUCAGAACCUCCGCCACCUUCAGACUACCAAAGACUUUGAAGUUGGCCAGAUCGCCAAAGUACUCUUCCAAGUCUGUGCCACACUACAACAGAUUGGAUGCCUACAAGGUGAUCGAGAAGCCAAUCAACUCUGAGACCGCCAUGAAGAAGGUCGAGGACGGCAACACCUUGGUUUUCCAGGUGUCUUUGAAGGCCAACAAGCACCAGAUCAAGAAGGCUGUCAAGGAGCUAUACGAGGUCGACGUGCUAGCCGUCAACACUUUGGUGAGACCAAACGGUACCAAGAAGGCUUACGUCAGAUUGACUGCGGACCACGAUGCCUUGGACAUUGCCAACAAGAUUGGUUACAUCUAA